CGUCCCUGGGCCACCGAGGCGAUUCUCUGGCUGAGCCGCUGCUCCGGCUCGCGGCCCCGCGUCCCGUCCGGCUGGGUCGGCCUCGUCGGCUCCCCUGUCCUUGAGGAGAGCGGCCGCGCCCGCGAUUGUCCGCAGCAGUUGUUGGUGUCCACCCUGGGACUGGAGGAGGAAGUCCUUCCUUUGAGCUCCACAGUUUAACAGACGGUACUGAUGAGCGGCUGCCUUGAGAAGAGAUGACCUGAUCAGAACCAACUAGGAAAGUCAGUACAAAACAUUCAAAUCUGGAUAUUAUGGCAAGCAGUGCAUCAACUCCUAAGGAAAUGGAAAUUAAAAAAAAUAAUUUGAGUUCAAGCCAAAUUCCAAAACUGAUUUCCAAAAAUGGAAAUUAUUUAGAAAUAAAAUCUGAGGAAUUUGAUGUAUAUAACCCCAGUGGACUUCAUGAAGUGGAAGCAGAAGGAAAAUGUGAUAGCAUUAAUGUGCCUGGAAACUCUCUUCAAUGCUAUGAGCCUCUUAAUGAGUAUCACAAGAUUCAGACUGUACAGCAGCCAUUUGAACAUAAUGCACAAUGGAAAGCCUUCAAAAUGAAGAAGACAUUUGCAUUUGGGAGUGUUCAUAUGGAAGAGACAUGUAAUAAGGAGACAACUCAGAUGGAGAAGAAAAGUCUCCAUAAAUGUUCUAAGCCAAGUAAUUAUCAACAAACCUAUAAAAGAGAGAAAUUCAGUGAAUAUUUUGAAUAUGGGGAACCUCCCAUUUACAAAACUGAUCUUAUAAUAAGCCAGGUGCCCCAUACAGAGAAUAAAUCGCGUGCGUGUGAACCCUAUGGAAAACCAUUUAGCAGUCAAUCCUGCCAUACCAUGUAUCACAGCAGUCAUAUAGUGGAAAAUCUCCAUGUAUUUGGUGAAUGUGGAGAAACCCCGUAUCAGAAGUCAGACCUCAUUAGAAAUCAGAUUCACACAGGGGAGAAACCUUAUGAGUGUAAUGACUGUGGGAAAGCCUUUGGCCGUAAGUCACACCUCAAAAUGCAUCAAAGAAUCCACACAGGGGAGAAACCUUAUGAGUGUAAUGACUGUGGGAAAGCCUUUGGCCAUAAGUCACAUCUCACAAUGCAUCAAAGAAUCCACACAGGGGAGAAACCUUAUGAGUGUAAUGAUUGUGGCAAAGCCUUUGGGCGUAUGUCACACUUAACAGUGCAUCAGAGAACUCAUACAGGAGAGAAACCAUAUAAAUGUAGUGACUGUGGAGAAGCUUUUGGCCGUAAGACAUCCCUCAUAAUGCAUCAAACAGUUCACAUGGAUGAGAAACCUUAUGAAUGUGAUGACUGUGGAAGAGCUUUUGGCCACAUGUCAUCCCUCAUAAUACAUCAGAAAAUCCACACAAGGAAGAAACCUUAUGAAUGUAGUGACUGUGGCAAAGCCUUUGAUAAUAAGUCCCACUUAAUAGUUCAUCAGAGAAUUCACACAGGGGAGAAACCUUUUGAAUGCAGUGACUGUGGCAAAGCCUUUAGCUGUACAUCACAACUCAUAAAACAUCAGCGAAUUCACACAGGGGAGAAACCAUAUGAAUGUAAUAUAUGUGGGAAAGAUUUUAUCGAGAAGUCACAGUUGAAGAAACAUCAGAGAGUUCACACAGGGGAGAAACCUUAUGAAUGUAAUCACUGCGGGAAAGGCUUCAUCCAGAAGCCACAACUCACAAUACAUGAGAGAACACACACAGGAGAGAGACCUUUUGAAUGUAGUGACUGUGGAAAAACUUUUCGAAGUGCAUCACACCUCAUAAGACAUCAGAAAACUCAUACAGGGGAGAAACCUUAUGAAUGCAGUGACUGUGGGAAAGCUUUUGCUCAGAAGUCGUGCCUUGUAAUACAUCAGAGAAUUCACACAGGGGAGAAGCCCUAUGAAUGUAAUGACUGUGGGAAAGAUUUUGCCCAGAAGUCACAACUCAUAAAACAUCAAAAAACUCACACAGGGGACAAACCUUAUGAAUGUAACAACUGUGGAAAAGGGUUUAUCCAGAAGUCAAAAUUGAUACUACAUCAGAGAACACAUACAGGGGAGAAGCCUUAUGAAUGUAAUGACUGCGGAAAAGCUUUUUAUCAUAGAUCAUCCCUCAUAAAACAUCAGAAAAGCCAUACAGGGAGAAACCGUAUGAAUGUAAUGAUCAUGGAAAAGACUUUAUGCAGAAGCCACAAUUCCUAUUACAUCAAAGAGCAGAUACAAGGGAGAAAGCUUAUGAAUGUGGCCAUGGAGAGAAGCCACAACUCAAAAUAAGUCAUAAAACAGACGCAGAGAAACCCCAUGAAUGUAAUGACCAUGUUGAAGCCGUUAUUCAGAAACCACAGUUCACAGUACAACAAA